AUGCCCGGACGAACUUACCUCUACGACAACCGUUACGCUGGGCAUAAGGUGAUACGGAUUAUACCAGAAAAUGACCAAAUGGCAGAGACAUUGAAGAUUCUUUCUCAACAACUUAAAGUGGACCUGUGGCAACCAAGAAGCCUGUCUCUCAUCUCCAAGGGUGCAGUUACAGAUGUACAUCUGUCAAGAAAUAGUUCACAGAUUCUUCAGUUCUCCUUAGAGCAAGCAAACAUCCAAUAUACAGUCCUCAUAUCUGAUUUGCAAAAAACUAUAGAAAAACAAAGUGAUUCAAAACCACCCAGGAAUCGUAGAUCAUUGCCAGAAUAUAGUUAUGAAAUAUAUCAUUCCCUGGAAGAAAUUCAAAGUUGGAUGUAUUAUUUGAACAAAACUCAUUCUGAUCUCAUUUACAUGUUCUCUAUUGGCAAGUCAUAUGAGGGAAGACCACUUUUUGUGCUAAAGCUAGGCAAAAGAACAAGGGUUCAUAAGAAAGCUGUGUGGAUUGACUGUGGCAUUCAUGCAAGAGAAUGGAUCAGUCCAGCUUUUUGCCAGUGGUUUGUGAAAGAAGCUCUUCAGACAUAUCAAAAUGAUUCAGCCAUGAGAAGAAUGCUAAAUCAAUUGUAUUUCUUUAUCAUGCCUAUUUUUAAUGUGGAUGGAUAUCAUUUUAGCUGGACACAGGAUCGAUUUUGGAGGAAAACAAGAUCAAAGAAUUCAAAGUUCCACUGCCAUGGAGUUGAUGCUAAUCGUAAUUGGAAAGUAAAAUGGUGUGAUGAAGGUGCUUCCCUUCAUCCCUGUGAUGAUACAUACUGUGGUCCAUUCCCUGAAUCUGAACCAGAAGUGAAGGCUGUUGCUCAUUUUCUUCGCAAACACCAGACUCAGAUGAAAGCCUAUUUGUCCUUUCAUGCGUAUGCCCAAAUGCUAUUGUAUCCAUACUCUUACAAGUAUGCAGCUAUUCCAAAUUUUAGUUGUGUGGAAUCUGCAGCUGUUAAUGCUGUAAAUGCCUUGCAGUCUGUUUAUGGAAUACGGUAUCGAUACGGUCCUGCUUCCAGAACUUUGUAUAUAAGUUCUGGGAGUUCAAUGGAUUGGGCCUAUAAAACUGGAAUCCAUUAUUCAUUUGCCUUUGAAUUGCGUGAUACAGGUCAUUUUGGAUUUUUAUUGCCUGAGAACCUAAUCAAGCCAACCUGUACAGAGACAAUGCUGGCUGUUAAAAAUAUAACCAUGCACCUUCUUAAAAAGUGUCAUUUAAGCAUUGCAGACAAGUUUUAAUUUUUUAAAUUGUUCUUAAGAAUACAGUGUGAAGUCACUCAAAUAUAGAAUGUAGCAUUUCCCACUAGUAGAACCCUUUGAAAAAAGAAAUGACAUUUUCUACAGAUAAGAGAUAUUCAAAUCUUUGAUGUUCUAGCCCAGGCAUGUCAAACUGGCAGCAUCAUGUGAUGUGUCACAACUUUUUUCCCCUUCACUAAACCAGGCAUGGGCGUUACUAGUGUGUGACACAUCCAGGCUGUGGGCCGCGAGUUUGACAGCCCUGUUCUAGGCCAUGUGAUAUCAGGAUGUAUGAAGGUAGAAAUCCUCGAGUGUAUCUAAAUGAUUAUUGAUGUAAUUAUAAAGGGUGGAAAUGAGAAAAAGUAAAAAGAAAAAUUUCAAGAGAGAAAGAAGCACCAAGGCUUUAUUCAAACACAUAUCUAGCAAGAAAAGGAAUAAAUUGUGUGAAAUUUUUGUUCAAAGGUGCUUUAUCUGCCUAAUUUAUACAAGUUAUGAAUCUUAGCUUGUCCCAAAGAAUCAGAAUUUGCUCAAAAUGUUGAUUUUUGAACACUGAAAGUUAGUCAAAGCUCUAAUAUGUAUAACCUAAGCUAAACCUUUUGCAAUAAAGCUAUUUUACUUCCAGUUGGGAUCAUAUGCUUAUUAACAUUGGAAUAAAAUACAUCAUGCAGCAAAAACAUUGGCAAGACCUGUGUAUUAACCUCAUGGGAGGAAUAUGCUGAGAAUAGAGGAUACAGUAUAUUCCUGUAUGAAUGUCACCAAAGAGCUACAUUCCAAAAUUAACCUUAAGAUUGGAAACAUCCUGAUGGAAUGUUUAUCUAUCUUACCUAUUGCAAUCGUUAUAUACUCUAUUUUUUCAUGUUCCAAUUGUAGAAGAAUAAUAGCAUUUAUUUUUACUAUUGAACUUUGAACUCCAGGAAACCUAUUUCAUUUACAUUAUAUUUUAGAACUCUCCUUCAUAGCUAGAGAUUGAAUAACCUUUAUUGCUAUCACCUUGGAAAUGUCAGUAUGAAGUCAUUUGAUUCAGUGUAGAAAAUGGAUAGUGUAAGAUGUAAUCAAAGGGUCAACUCACCCAAUAAGUAUUGCAUUUCCCCAGGCACAGUGAAAUGGAAGAUCUACUGCUAUAUGGAAAAUAAAUAACAGCCAAAGCAGAGAAGCUCAGGUAGGCUUCCAGGCAAUCUCAACCUCUGAAACUAGGACAGAAACAGCUAUUAUAUAAGUAUCUGCAUAAGAAUCAAUUGGCUUCUCAGAUCGCAUGAUAUUGUAUUGAAAAAAAUGUAAAGUUUUGGUCAUUUCAGCGUGGCACUGCAUAGCCGCAGAAAUUAUAACCUCUCUCCCUGCAAGAUACCAAAAGAUGAAGUAAGGCAUGCUUGUCAGUCUGGCUGGUUUUCAAUCAUGUAUCACUUUCUAAAUAUAGUGUUUCUAUAUCAUAUCAGUACUGACUAUCUUAUAAUAAAUAUGUACAAUAAUGGGUGGCUAUAUAAAUUGAAUAAAUGUCUCCUAUAAUCCCAAAGGUGCUUUUCCAAAAGGCAACUGGAUUUUCUUGGUUGAUUCCUUGAAAAUGUUUUGCUUCUUGUAUGAGACUGCAGUCCCAAGAAGUUUCCACACCCAUCUGCACUCUGACUCAGGUGACUGAGGAUACAGAUCAAUCCCCAAGAACUCUCAAAGAGCUAAUGACAAACUUCAGAGUGCUAAUGACCAGAAAUAUAAAUCUUUCCAGUUCCUACCAUUCACUUAG